AGGCCGGGGACUGUUAUCAAGCGUACACACGGGAAAGCGGAAGCCAGCUGUGGAGAUGUUUGUGUAGUGCUGUGGAAUAAAUACUACUGUUAUAUAUGUGACUAAAAGACUGUUUUACAAACCACAAACUGCGGAUAGAGACGUUUAUAAAUGCGAUUUAAAAGGUAAACUCGACCGUUUCCUCUUUUAUAAGUGGCUAACUCUGAGAACCAGUUACGAAGACAGUAACGCGAGAGUAAUGUCGGCCAAAACAAUCGCGAGUAAAGGCAAAGACAGCGGUGAAGUUAUUAAAAACUACCACAAGCAGGCGUUUGAGUAUAUAUCGAAGGCCCUGAGGAUCGACGAAGAUGAUUCAGGUGAGAAGGAGGAGGCUGUGCAGUGGUACAAGAAAGGUAUUGCUGAGCUUGAGAGGGGUAUUGCCGUGGAGAUAACGGGACAAGCGGGAGAGCAGUAUGACCGAGCAAAGAGACUUCAAGAUAAAAUGGUCAACAACCUCACCAUGGCAAAAGACAGGCUUGCCCUUUUAGAGGCAACGCUGGCGUCUAAAAGGAGGAGUGAUCCUAAGAAGACCUUAAACCAUGUCCCCCCACAACCAAAGCCUGUACCUAAAAGCCAGCCUGCGGCGUCCACUAACACCAGACCCUCCAGUGCUGUCAGACCCUCGGCCAGAUUCACUGAACCAAAGGUGACGCCACGGCCGGGAAGAGCUCAGAAUGGGAAACCUGCAGCGACGAGGCCGCCGCCGCCGAAGAGGGAUAUGAAGAACUUCAAGAAUGUGGAUAGCAAAUUGGCAAAUUUGAUUCUGAAUGAAAUUGUUGACAGUGGAGCGUCUAUACGCUUUGAAGACAUUGCUGGACAGAAUCUGGCCAAGCAAGCACUCCAAGAGAUUGUCAUCCUCCCUGCGUUAAGACCGGAGCUCUUUACUGGCCUGAGAGCUCCAGCACGUGGUUUGCUUUUAUUUGGCCCACCUGGAAAUGGAAAAACCAUGCUGGCCAAAGCAGUCGCAGCUGAGUCCGAUGCCAAAUUCUUCAACAUCAGCGCUGCCAGUUUGACCUCUAAAUAUGUGGGAGAAGGUGAGAAGCUUGUACGAGCACUUUUUGCGGUUGCCAGAGAAUUACAGCCCUCUGUCAUCUUUAUCGAUGAAGUGGAUAGCUUGCUUUGUGAAAGGAGGGAGGGGGAACACGAAGCCUCUCGUCGAUUAAAAACCGAGUUCCUCAUCGAGUUUGAUGGGGUGCAGUCAGGAGGGGAUGAUAGGGUGCUUGUAAUGGGAGCAACAAAUAGGCCUCAGGAGCUUGAUGAAGCAGUAUUAAGGCGCUUUGCUAAGAGGGUUUAUGUGGCACUGCCAGAUGAGCAGACAAGAGUCACGCUGCUGAAAAAUCUUUUGGGAAAGCACGGGAAUCCACUGAGCAAAAAUGAGCUGUCCACUCUUGCGAAAAAGACUGCGGGAUAUUCAGGAAGCGAUCUGACAUCAUUAGCCAAAGAUGCUGCACUUGGGCCGAUUAGAGAGUUGGGACCAGAGCAAGUCCGCUGUAUGGCUGCUAAUGAGAUGCGUAACAUCAAGAUGAAAGACUUUGAGGAUUCCCUGAAGCGCAUCAAGCCCAGUGUUAGCCCAGCCACUCUCGAUAUGUAUACCAAAUGGAACAAAGAUUUUGGUGACACAACAGCUUUUUGAAUUUGAUAAUUCAUUCUCACACAACAAAAAAGCUACUGACAAUAAAAUAGCAGUUGAUUCUCCUGUUACUCUACAAAUACAAAAUGUCAUUACUAUUAAUGAACUGUAAAACCUGCAACAAACCUCUUGGGUUUGGUAAAGCCUUACGGGUAUAAUGUAUAAAUAUUAUGACAUUUGGAAGCAUUAUGGGUAAAUUUCCUGUUUUAUGGAAAGGCUUUGCCAUUAAGAUCCUCAUGAAUUUCUUUACUGUAUCAUUAUACUCCUAAAACACUCGCUACUUGAAAUUGUGCUAUUUAUUCUCAAGAAUGUCGUGCAAAUUUCUAAACGAUCUUUCUCUUGCUUCACGAGGGCAGCAAGUUUCUACAAAUCCUGACUUAACCUCACUGAAUUAGAUCAUUUUACGCCUCCAUUAGUUUCCUGAUGUAAUGACAUGUUGAUGGUAUUGAUCACCAAGUGCUCUCUGUACUUGUACAUGUGCAAGAGUGAUAAUAAUUGGGAGAAGAUUCACCGUAUGGUGCUUUUGUAUUAUAAGAACGUUUGUCCAUUUGCACUUACUGUUUGUAGAUACAAAUACUUCACUUGUAUUUGACAGUAGGAUUUUUUUUUCAUAGUGUCUUAUGAUGUUUAGUUGAAAAGUAUUUGAUUGAGCAGAAGUGUAAUGACCUCCCACUUUCCUCAUGCAUCAAUAAAUACAUUUAUUAAAGUGA